AAAGUUUUAAAUCGAAUGUCAAAUGAGUCUUCCAUUCUUAGGUUUAACGCUCCCACCAGAAAGAAGUUGGAUCGCCAGACACAUCAGGUAGCUGUAGCCACGAUCAUGAAUCUGUCAAAUGCAACAGUACCAACAGCUUCUUUGGAGUUGAAAACAAGGCGAGCACAAUUUCAAACGCAAACAUCGACCUUGGAUGCAAGAAGAAGGCAAGCGGUAUGCGUUAGAAGGGCGUGUAAGAAAUAUGGACCGAAAAAGAAUUUUAAUAUCGUCCUAGAUGGAUUAAAUAUGACGGUACCUAAAGGCACGAUUUAUGGUCUACUUGGUGCGAGUGGUUGUGGAAAAACAACUUUAUUAUCCUGUAUCGUGGGUCGAAGACGUCUGAAUUCCGGAGAAAUUUGGGUACUAGGUGGUAAACCAGGAUCAAAAGAAUCAGGUGUACCAGGUCCACGAUUAGGAUACAUGCCACAAGAAAUAGCACUUUAUAGUGAAUUUUCAAUAAAAGAAACUUUUAUAUAUUUUGGUUGGAUCGCAGGUAUGACGACCGAACAAAUUAAUGUUAAAUUGGAAUUCCUUUUAAAGUUCUUGCAAUUGCCAUCGGAAAAUCGUUUCAUUAAAAAUCUUUCGGGUGGACAACAGAGAAGGGUAUCAUUCGCUGCAACGUUAUUGGGCGAUCCAGAACUUUUAAUUUUGGACGAACCAACCGUAGGAGUUGAUCCAGUAUUACGUCAAAAUAUUUGGGAUCAUUUAGUCCAGUUAACGGAGGAUGGUAAAAAAACAAUAAUCAUAACGACACAUUAUAUCGAGGAGACCAGACAAGCGAGUAUAAUUGGUCUUAUGAGGGGAGGUAAAUUUCUUGCUGAAGAAUCACCUACCAAAUUGAUGGAAAUGCAUAGAUUGGAUACUUUGGAAGAUGUAUUUUUAAAACUUAGCAAACGUCAAAAUAUGGGUCUCAGAAGAAGAAGUAGUAUUCUCAGUAGUGUUACCGGUGUACCACCGGAACCGGACGCUGAUGACGAGAUGAGUGGCGAAUUUGGUGACAACGUUAGUAUAUCUAGUCGUAGAAGAAGCAUAGUCGUUACGGAUGAAGCAAAUUUACCGGAAUUACCAUCGAAAGAACAAGAUGUUUCAAAAUUCAAUGUUAUAAAUUUACAACAUAUGAAAGCAUUAAUAUGGAAAAACUUUUUAUGGAUGUGGAGAAAUUUUGGCAUAAUGGCGUUCAUCUUCGGUUUACCAGUAAUACAGAUCGUCUUAUUUUGCCUUUCUAUUGGAAAAGAUCCCGUUGGUUUAACAUUUGCUAUUGUUAACAAUGAACUUAACAGCACUACAGAGGAAUGUAUACCAUCAAUUGGUUGUAAUACAACAUUAUUGAGUUGUCGAUUUUUAAAUCACCUAAAAAAUACAUCUAUGAUAUUUUUACCAUAUGACACUCAACAAGAAGCUGAGUAUGCUGUUAAAAAAGGCUGGGCAUGGGGUGUCAUAUCAUUUGCAGCUAAUUAUUCCGAUGCUAUAAUGUCAAGGAUAGAAAAUGGCAAGGAUGCUGACGAUUGGGAUCUCAUAUAUUCUGAUCUGAACAUCAUUAUGGAUAUGUCGAAUCAACAAAUUGGUCAGCUCUUGCAAAGAAACAUCUUCUAUUCUUAUAUGGAUUUUGCUCAUGAAGUUACCGUUGCUUGUAACUACAGCGAAAAAUUAGCUAGCAUACCAUUAAACUUUAAAAAACCGAUCUAUGGACCUUUGAAACCAAAUUAUACUGAUUUCGCAGCACCAGGAAUUAUCUUAACCAUCAUCUUUUUCUUAUCGGUUGCUUUAACGUCAGGAGCUUAUUUAUUAGAAAGAAACGAAGGUUUAUUGGAAAGAAGUUUAGUGUGCGGUAUUACUGGUACUGAAAUAUUAUUCGGCUUAGUAUUAACCCAAUUCGUUGUAAUGGUUGGACAAACUGUAAUGGUAGUGGUAUUCAGUUUCUCUGUGUUCCAAGUUACUUGCGAGGGUAAUAUUGUUUGGGUUUCAUUGUUAACUGUAUUCACAGGAUUAUGCGGAAUGUGUUUCGGAUUUGCUAUAGCCAUAAUUUGUUCAGACGAAAGAAGUGCUACUUAUGUUGCGAUGGGAUCCUUUUUACCUAUAGUUAUGUUAUGUGGAAUAAUUUGGCCAGUCGAAGGAAUGCAUCCUGUUCUUAGAGAAAUUAGUUUCAUUUUGCCAUUAACGAAAAGUACAGAAUCAUUGAGGUUUAUGUUAGCCAGAGGUUGGGACAUAUCAAGGCCUUCUGUCUACUAUGGUUUCAUUGCCACUUUUAUUUGGAUCAGUAUCUUUCUUACUAUGGCAAUAUUGUUAAUUAAAUUUAAAAAAGCAUAGGAAUAUAUAUAUAUAUAUAUAUAUAUAUA